GUUACCGACCAACAUAACAACAAAGCCGCAGGUUGCAUCAUGUAUAUAAGCAUGGGAAACGUCAAAACACCGUACUGUUGUUAGUUUAAUCGUGUAGUACGUGAAAUUUUUACUUCGACAGAUCCUUUAAUCCGAUUAUGUAGUUGUAGUGCGUCAAACAUGAAGACGAUAGAGGGCAAAGUAGUUAUGCUGGGAUCUCAAGGUGUCGGCAAAACGAGUUUGAUCGGGCGUUACAUGGGAAACUUUGAGCAUGCAAGUCCGACAAUAGGGGCAUCUUUUUUCAACUGCAAGCUCAAUUUGGGGGAUACGAAGAUAAAAUUGCAAGUAUGGGACACAGCUGGCCAGGAGAGAUUCCGUUCUAUGGCGCCGAUGUACUACAGGAACGCCAAUGCGGCCAUGCUAGUCUUCGAUCUCACGCAGUACAACAGUUUUGCCGCGAUCAAGAAUUGGGUGAAAGAGUUGCAGCAGAAUGUGGAAGAGACGAUGGUGCUGGCCGUGAUCGGUAACAAGUCCGAUCUGAUGCAUCAGCGGCAGAUCGAUGGUGAGGAGGGUCAGAAAUACGCUACGUCGAUCGGUGCUACAUAUCAUGAGAUUUCGGUGUUGCAUAACGAGGGGGUGGAAACCGUUUUCCUUGCCAUCGCCAAAGAUCUGCUGAGAAUGGCAUCUGACAAUACGGACACGACCACUCUUAAAAUUUCCGAGUCGAAUAGCUUCUUCAACGGCAUGCCUCUCUCGCCUUCCGUCGAGGAAAGCCCGCAAAACACUAGUAUUGCGCAUGGCAUACUCGAGAAGCCGUUCACUUGCUGCUAAAUUUUAGCUCAAGAACGGUCGAUAGCAGUUUAAGAAAAGAUUGUGAGGCCUUGCUCAGACGAGUCCGCGUUAACGCACGACGGUUGUGUAUUACGCCGACGACCAAAGAAUUUUUAAAUGUUAUUUUAAUAUUUACCGUCGAGACAUGUAAUGUUUUUCUUUUUGUAACAGCAUUAAUUACGUUGGCGAGCCAUAAAUUCUUGUUUUGCGUUGCGUCUCCAUUUUUAAGAUACAAGCUAUUACGGCGCAAACAACGAUCUGCUCUUCCACGCAGCUUCGAUUCUAAAUUAGUUAGACCACGUUUGUGAUUACACAACGCUCGUGUCAAUUUAUCGCGGGCAUUAGUCGACGAUAUCAUAUAUAUUAUCAUAAAAUCGUACCUUUGAAGUAAAGAAAGUUAUAUGUUCGAUUUUUCUAUAAAUGCGUACCAAGAGAGAUAAAAGAUAAUAUAUAUUUUGUUGCAUAUAUACAAGUAUAUGUAAACGAGAUCUCGUAGAAAUUUAACGCGGUACGUUAAUUCGUGUCAAAGUAAUUAGGGUCGUGACGUUAUAAACCAGGAAAUCGUGUACCAUUGUACACGAAGCUAUAAGCUCAAUUACCUGAUUAUAAUUUUCGCAAGUUGUAUGCAAUUUGCUGAUAAAUUUCGAUGUAAAUUAAUUCUAGUUUAUAAGGCACGAUCGUUGAAAUACACGAGAGAUUAAAAUCGAUUAAUACAUGUAUGACGAUCGUGUAAUUUGCCAUGAAAAAACUAACGUUCGUAAACUACAGUUAAUUAUUGUAUUAUGAUUAAAAUUACUUUGAUUACAUUA